AUGGCAGCUCGCCCAACAUGGAUCAAGGCUGGGAGACUAUCUCGGAGCUUCUUGCCCUACAGGGGCAUCAAAUAUCUGUCAACUUCCGUACCAAGGCAUCAGAACUACGAUACCACCAUUGCCAACUUGAACAUUGACAAGGAUACCAGGGUGAUCUAUCAAGGGUUUACUGGUAAAGCCGCCACGCUUAAUGCCAAAGAUACCAUUGAAUAUGGCACCAAUGUUGUUGGUGGUGUAUCCCCCGGCAAAGGCGGCCAAGAGCAUUUGGGUCUUCCUGUAUUCAAUACAGUGAGAGAGGCCAUGGAACAGGUGAAACCUCAUGCGACAUCAGUCUUCGUACCAGCACAGUUUGCUGCUACUGCUAUCAUUGAAGCUAUAGAGGCAGAAGUUCCUCUUGUCGUGACCGUGGCUGAGCAUAUACCCGUACAUGAUAUGAUGCGCGUCCACGACGUGCUCAAAACUCAAUCUAAAACCCGACUUGUUGGUCCGAACUGCCCCGGUAUCAUUGCUCCCGAGCAGUGCCGUAUUGGUAUUAUGCCGCAUAAGCAGUACAAGAGAGGCCCUAUUGGUAUAGUCUCCAAGAGCGGAACCCUAAGCUACGAAGCUGUGGGUUCAACAUCGAAAGCUGGAUUGGGCCAAAGCCUCGUUGUUGGUAUGGGGGGAGAUAUGAUGCCGGGUAUGUCUCGUGAUCUCGAUUCUACCACCUUCAUGGACGAGCUUCUCUGGCUAAAGGAUUUUACUGACAUCCAGACUAUAGGAACAACACUUGUGGAUGCCCUGAAGCUGUUCUUUGAUCACCCAGAAACAGAGGGCAUUAUUGUCAUCGGGGAGAUCGGUGGGGAGGCAGAGCUCAGAGCUGCUGAAGCCAUCAAGGAAUACAGGAGAAUCAUGAGGAAUCCAAAGCCGAUCAUAGCCAUGGUCGCUGGUAAGACUGCCCCCGAAGGUCGAACCAUGGGCCAUGCCGGUGCACUUCUGCAAUCAGGAGAUAUAUCCGCUGAAGCCAAAGCGAAGGCUUUGGCAGAUAGUGGCGCGGUGGUGGUACCGCAUCCCGGGGUUAUGGGACAUGUUAUGAAGGACCUUCUUUCGUCACAUACUCACAGACUCCGUAAAGGAUUCGGCCCAUUAAGUCCUGAAGUGUCUUUCUCGAACCCCACAUCGGAGCUACGAGAAUAG